AUGGCCAACGAGUUGAAGGCCCUCAGCGGUGUACCUAAUCUAAAAGGAAAGAUUGCCGUUGUGACGGGCGGCAACAGCGAUAUUGGUCGCGAAAUAGCAAGGCUUCUCGCCCAGAAGAGCGCAAAAGUCUACAUCACCACACGCUCUGAAACAACAGCCAUCAAGUCACGCAAUCAAAUCUUGGACGCCCAUCCCGAAAUCGACCCCGAGAAUCUGCAGUGGAUGACAAUGGAUGUCACCGACAUGCGUAGUGUAACUUCGACAGCGGAAAUGCUCAAGGAGAAGGAGCGCAAAGUCGACAUACUGAUUCACACCGCUGCCGCAGGAACAACUUCCACGGAACUGGUUGGCCCGGGAUGGGAGGUCCAUAUGGCUACCAAUUUCAUCGGCCCCUUCCUCUUCACAAAUCGCAUGCUCCCGCUACUCAAGAACGCCCUCCAGGAUGAAGGCGCCGACGUCCGAGUGAUCACAGUGAGCUCAAGUGCCCAAACCGCAUUGGUCCCUGGAAAGUUCCCGUUCAACUUUAAUUCUCCCGAUUGCUUCCAUAAUCCAGUUCCCUCGCCGCCAUGGCAAUGGCGCUAUUUCGGCCGCUUCAUAUUCGGCUUUGACACGAUCCGCUACGGCGUAUCCAAAGCUGCCAAUGUCAUCUUUGCCCAGGAGCUGCAAAGAAGAAUGGAUGAACAGAAGCUGCCGAUUCUAUCCAUGGCAGUACAUCCCGGCGAAGUUGCCACUGAGGGCGUGUUCUCAAUCAAUCCUAGCCUAAUCAAGACGAUUGCGCGUUGGACAUUCAUCUCCCCAGAGCAGGGCGCUGCGACGCCCGUCUUUGCAGCAGUCUCGAAGGAGAUUCGCCAGGAUGCCUCCAAAUACAAGGGCAAGUUUGUGUUCCCUGGUGGGAAGAUCGGAGACCCGAACCCAGUCGCUUCGGAUAAGGAGCAAACUACUGGAUUAUGGCGCAACGCCAAUGAGGAAGUGAAUUCGCAGCUUCGCGCUCAAGGACUCCCUGGUCUUCAACCAUGGUAA